CCAAAAACGUCAGGUAAAGUACACAAACCCGCGCUCCAGAAUCCAAUUUCUGCAAAAAUUAUCACUUCUAGGGUUUUCAAAGAAUUUUCCCCAAAAUUCGACCAUUUCCGACGGAGAUUCCGACAUGGGAAGGUACAGAAGCCGAAGUCGUAGCCGGAGCUACAGUCCGGCGAGGCACAAGCAUUACGACGAGCCCCGGGACCAUCGCCGAGAACGCCGAAGCUCUCCUGCACCUUCUGGCCUUCUUGUUCGCAACAUCUCUCUCAGCGCGAGGACGGAAGAUCUUAGGGAACCGUUCGAGAGGUUUGGUCCAAUAAAGGAUGUUUAUAUACCAAAGAAUUACUACACUGGGGAGCCUCGAGGUUUUGGAUUUGUGAAAUUUCGACAUUCAGAAGAUGCUGCCCAGGCGAAGGCACAGUUGAACCAUACUGUCAUUGGCGGAAGAGAAAUAAGAAUUGUCUACGCUGAAGAGAAUAGGAAAACUCCUCAAGAAAUGCGUAAAUUGACCCGCACAAGUGACCGAGGAAGUCGCAGGCGGAGAAGUCUUUCAAGGUCUCCUAGGCGCCGUCAUGGCUCAUAUUCACCCUCCCCCUCUCCAGCAAGACGUGACUCAAGGGAUAGGGAUCGUGGUGCCAGAAAGGGCAAAUACGGAUCUAGAUCUGUUUCUCCCAGGGAAGAGAGAAGUUAUAGGUCCCAUGAGAAGUCUCCAAGGCAAUCUGGAUCCUUUUCAGACUCACCUUCUCCUCGCAAAGAGAAACAUGACAGGCCAAGCCCAGGAGGUGAUAGAGGCCACAGAGUUCAUGAUGUGGAUGGUAGGUCUCAGAGUCCUAGAAGGAUGUCACGCAGUCCAUCCAGGUCUCGUUCUAGAUCUUACAGUCCCAGAUGACGUGUUUUCUAUCAAGCUGUCUGCCUCUGAGCCUGCAGACUUCAUGCUGUUUCCUUGUUGCUCAGGAUUGCAAUGACAUUAACGUUUCUAGCUUUAAUUGGUUAGGCCUUGCGCAACUAGAUUGCAGUAAUCUGUAAUAUUUCAAUUCUGCUUAAACAUUCAGCUUUGUAAGGUUCUGUUUUCAUUUAUUCGGAUUGUUUCAGUAUUCAUAUUUCAACUGGUUGAAUGAUUAAGGUAUGAUGUCAUCUAAUUCCGAGGACUUCCAGCUUAUUUUUGCAUUUCAUAAAAUUGUACUACUUUCAGG